AACUUAUCACCUGCAUGCGAUAACACAUACUUUGAAGCACCGUCACCAGUCUCUUUCCCUCUCUGACCAGAGAUAUUCUGCUUCGGCACCUUGUCUCAAGGUUGAAUUCCUGCUUUCCGACGAUUUCCCGCGUCCUCGAAUUCUCGAUCAUUGCACAAUGGCUACCAACUCUAUCAAGCUAUUGACUGGCAACAGCCACCCCGUGUUGGCUAAAUUGGUCGCCGAUAGGCUGGGAAUCGAGUUGACCAAGAUUAUGGUCCUGCAGUAUUCGAACCAAGAGACCUCCGUCACGAUUGGAGAGUCUGUCAGAGACGAAGAUGUCUUCAUUUUGCAGUCCACGGCCCCCGGCGACAUCAAUGACGGCCUGAUGGAGCUUCUUAUUAUGAUCAAUGCCUGCAAAACUGCUUCCGCGCGCCGCAUUACCGCCGUUAUCCCCAACUUCCCCUACGCUCGACAAGACAAGAAGGACAAGUCUCGCGCCCCCAUCACCGCCAGACUCAUGGCAAACAUGCUGCAGACCGCUGGUUGCAACCAUGUCAUCACCAUGGACUUGCACGCUAGUCAGAUUCAGGGCUUCUUCAAUGUUCCCGUUGACAACCUCUAUGCUGAGCCCAGUACGCUCCGAUGGAUCCGCGAACAUCUCGAGGUCGAGUCUUGCGUGAUUGUUAGCCCUGACGCCGGCGGCGCUAAGCGAGCCACCUCUAUCGCUGAUCGUCUGGACCUUGGUUUCGCCUUGAUCCACAAAGAGCGUGCCCGUCCCAACGAAGUCUCCCGCAUGGUCCUCGUCGGUGAUGUCACAGACCGCAUUGCCAUCAUUGUCGACGACAUGGCAGACACUUGCGGCACUCUCUGCAAGGCCGCCGAUACUUGCAUGCAGCACGGCGCCCGCGAAGCUAUUGCCAUUGUCACCCACGGCAUUCUCAGCGGCAAGGCUAUCGAGAACCUCAACAACAGCCGCCUCUCUCGUGUCGUGGUUACCAACACUGUCCCCCACGAGGACAAGAAGGAGCUCUGCCCUCGCAUUGAGACUAUUGAUAUUAGCCCUACGCUCGCCGAAGCUUGCCGACGAACUCACAAUGGCGAGAGUGUGUCCUUCCUGUUCAGCCACGCUCCAUCUGCUUAAAUUAUUUCCUCUUAAAAAUCUGUUUGUUUUUCCCUUUUGAGCAUUUUAUCUCUCCCCAUUUCUUUUCCUUUCGAGGUAUAAAAUAGGGGACCCGACGAAGAUAAGGAUGACGGAAGGUGACCGAGCGAGCAUGACCAUGAUCAUCGAGUAGAGGACUCGGCAAAGCCAUGGAUGCUGGUUUUCGGAGGCAGGACCACCCGUAAACUACUUUUCACUUUUAGGCUUUGCUCUAGUCUCUUAUACCUCG